AUGAACGUUUUUUUAAUGUAACCGCUCGUACUUUUUCCGUUGGAUUUUCACCAAAACACCGUUCAAUAAAAUUAUGUUAGAACCGUACAGUCAGGAUCAACUAUGGCUCGUCAUUCUAGGUUUCCUCAUAGCAUUCGUUUUAGCCUUCGGCAUCGGAGCCAACGACGUGGCGAAUUCCUUCGGCACCAGCGUGGGAUCCAAAGUCCUCACCAUAUUCCAGGCUUGCUGUUUGGCCACCGUGUUCGAGGUCACUGGAGCAAUUCUCAUAGGCUACAAAGUAUCGGAUACCAUGAGGAAGGGAAUCCUGGACGUGAACAUGUACAAGGACGCCGAAAGAGAACUGAUGCUGGGCUCAAUCAGCGCCCUAACAGCCAGCGCUAUUUGGCUAAUCAUCGCUACAUUUUUUAAGCUACCUAUAUCAGGAACACACAGUAUUGUAGGCGCUACAGUUGGUUAUAGUCUAGUUUUAAGAGGCACCCAAGGCGUCCAUUGGAACACUUUAGCCAAAAUCGUCGGUUCAUGGUUCAUUUCGCCACUGCUAAGCGGCACCACCUCCUGCUGUCUCCUUUUGAUCAUAAAAAAAUUCAUUCUAUCGCGCCCCGAUCCGCUGGAGGCCGGCCUGACGUCGCUGCCGUUCUUCUACAGCUUCACCAUACUGAUCAACCUCUUCUCCAUCAUCCACGACGGGCCGAAGCUGCUGCACAUGGACAACGUGCCGCUGUGGAUGGCCACCGCCAUCAGCGUGGGGGUGUCGCUGUUCUUCAUGGCGGCCAUCUGGCUGUUCGUGGUGCCGUGGCAGCGCCGGGUCAUCAAAGAGGAGGAGACCGUCGGCCGAAGGCCGGCGGUGAAUUUCAACAUAGGCGAAUCGACGGACACGUCGCCGGAGACGAGCCCGACGCGCAAAUCGCGCCAGCUGACCGUCAUAUCGGAGGCCACCGAGCUGCAGGCGCUCGACCGCACCAAGAAGUACGUGUUCCCCGCGCAGCAGGAGGCCACCGGGGAGACGGCGGUGCGCAAGUACAUCAGACCGACGGAGCUGAAGCUGGUGGAGAGCACCGCCAGCGUCAAUCCCGGCUUGUCGCCCAGCUCCAGCGGCGUUCCCUUGAUCAUACAGAAGAGUUCCAACGGGCAUAAUGAUCAGGGAUUGCAUACAUGUGAUAUCGAAGGAAACGGCGACGCGUUCGUGGAAAAUCGCGGGGUUUCCAGACUGUUUAGCUUCCUGCAGGCGCUCACGGCGAUGUUCGGAAGCUUCGCCCACGGCGGGAACGACGUUAGUAACGCAAUAGGACCGUUGAUCACUCUAUGGCUGAUUUACUCCGAAGGAACGGUCCAGCAGAAGGCCGAAACGCCGUUGUUUAUCCUGUUGUACGGCGGUUUCGGCAUUUCCGUGGGACUGUGGCUGUGGGGCCGGAGGGUCAUCGAGACCAUAGGAGAAGAUUUGACUACUAUAACUCCAUCCACAGGGUUCACCAUAGAAGUGGGGUCCGCUUUCACGGUACUGCUGGCCAGUAAAAUCGGCAUUCCUGUGUCUACGACGCACUGCAAAGUGGGUUCUGUUGUUUUCGUGGGGUACUUGAGCACCUCCAAGCGCGGGGUUGAUUGGAGCCUCUUGGGGAACAUCAUCUCUGCUUGGGUGGUGACGGUGCCGGUAGCAGGACUGCUCUCGGCAGGUACCAUGUUGUUGUUGAGCUACGUGGCGUUGACGAAGGCUCAGUAGAUCUCACGUUUACCAGAAAAAAUACCGGAAUUAGUGAAAAAAUUAAUGUGUUUAGUAUGGGUAAAUCUAUUUUCAGGACGUAGAUCUGUGUAAUUUUUCGGUUGUAUUGGAAUUUUAGUUGAACCACCCGUUAUAUAAUUGUAUUUAGAUGUUCCUCCUGGUAUAUUGAACCCCCUUUUCGCGCGAUCUAACCGACAGGCGAGUUAGAUUAGUACCUAAUUAAUUAGUGUGAUAAAAUUUCAGCAAAAUAAUAAUGCUAUUAUAAUACUGUGAUUUCUCCUAAUUUCAAAAAAAAAUCAUAAUAGAUUUAUCUGUAGGUUAUAUACAACCUGCACCGUCUUCAUUUCGCAUUAAUUGAUUGAAUGUUGGCGUGACAAAACUCAUUAAAAAUCAGAAGAAAUAAUCGAUUAAUUAUUAUCCUUCCGAUUUUUAAUCGAAUCGUUCACGACUUGUUCGCGUUGAAUUACUUUUUAAAGUAGGUAUAUUUUUGAUAAACGUAAAGCCUAAGUACUAAGUACCGCAAGUGCGUACCUAACUUUCAUUGAAUAUUAAUAACAAAAAUAUUUAAGAGAGAUGUCUAUUGUAACGUUGGAACUUUUUUAUUAUUACCGAAUAAAAUUCUCUUUUUUUUUC